AUGCCACGCUUCCUCGGCCUUCGGGGCAAUAGCCUCAAUAUCGCAACCAUUCUUGGGGUGCUCAUGCCUGGAAUCCUCACAAUAGGCUACAACGCAUCACUACUCGGGGGUGUCUUGACGCUGAAAAACUUCGAAGAACAAUUCCCCGAAAUCAACAUUGUCGCUGCCGAGAAUAAACCACAUGCAUCAAAAAUACAAGGCCUUGUUGUGGCCUCUUACACCAUAGGAGGGCUCUUCGGGACUCUCUCCUGUAUAUGGCUAGGUGACAGAUUUGGCCGCCGACGCACAAUAAUGACAGGAUCAGUCGUCCAAGUCCUUGGAGCUGUUUUGAUGGCUAGUGCAGGCUCUCUCGUUCAACUCAUCACAUCUCGGGUCAUUCUCGGCGUAGGCACUGGUGUUCUACUGGCCACAAUCCCUCUUUGGCAAUCUGAGAUAUCGCCUGCCAACAAGCGUGGUGCUCACGUCGGCAUGAAGGGAAUAUUUAGCGGUUUUGGGUGUGCCCUUGCCCUUUUCCUCGACUUUGGAAUGUCAUUCACCAAAGGCAGCGUCGCCUGGAGAUUUCCUUUCGCUUUUGUGGUGCUGCUUUCCAUCGCGGUUUUGGUGUUCAUCUACCUGUUACCAGAAUCCCCCCGGUGGCUUAUCCGACAAGGCCGACUCUCUGAGGCUAGUGAAGUUCUGGCAGCUCUCGAGGAUACUUGUGUCGAUGAUCAAGCCGUGCAAACAAAGAUCAAGGAUGUCCAAGCAUCACUGGACUUGUUUGAGGAAAAGUCGCUUAGACAAAUAUUCCACAUGGGCCCCCAAAGAACUUUCCAUCGAGCUAUGAUUGCUGCUUUGGCAAUGUUGUUUUUGCAACUUACUGGCUCUACGGUCAUCACCUUUUACACAACCGCAAUCUUCGAAAACAACCUUUCGCUCGGCAAUUCAACAUCCACAGUCCUGGCAGCAGUCUACCAGCUAGUCGGUCCCCUUGGCGGAGCCUUCUGUGUUUUCAAAAUCGACGGACUUGGUCGCCGUGUAUUGCUUUUAGGCAGUGCAAUCGGCAAUUUCGUCUGUCUGGCUUUAGUAGCUGGCCUCGGAACCCAAGCCGACAACCCACUUGCAAUGCGCGGUGCUGUUUUCUUCAUUUUCCUGUUUCAUUUCAGCUACAUCAUCGGCUUUGGCGCUAUACCUUAUCUCUACGCCGCGGAGAUUGCGCCUUUGCAUCUACGCACGACUAUCAACAGCUUUAGCAUCAGCAUAUCCUGGGCGGUCAGCAUCAUACUCACUGCUGUCACACCCAUUGCAUUCAACAGCAUGGGACAGACAUACUUUGUCAUUUUCGCGAGCUGCAAUGCAAUGAUGAUACCUGUUAUCUAUUACCUAUUUCCCGAGACUGCCGGGCGCAGUCUUGAGGAAAUGGAUAAGAUCUUCACUCUUUCGCGGGGUGCCUUGGAUCCUGUCAAAAUUGCUCGGCUUCUUCAGCACGGACAAUCAAUUGACCUGUCGGAGAAGGAACUUGAUCCGAACUUCAAAUGCCCGGAGCUUCAGCUUCGCGAGGUAUAUUCGCCUUGA